GCAAUGAAACCUUUCCAUCCCGCACGUACAGUGCGGUGCAGUGUUUAGCGUAGAUGCGCGUGUGUGUGUGCGUGUUUGUUUGUGUGCACGCGCGUGUGCAAGAACCAGUGUGUGUAUGUGUGUGUGGGUGCGUGUGGACGGAGAAGGAGCUUGAUUCAGAAUAAUCACGCCACUGCGGACGGAAGUAGCCCGUUUGUGUGUCUUUCGGUGGUGUUGUUUUGCUCCGAAGCGGGCGGGCGAAAUGGAGACGAGCGCCUGAAGUAUGUGAAAAUAGCAGCCCUGCCCACCCACCGCCUUCCGCAAAGGUUAAGGCGCCACCCAACCCUUCCCCGUGUUCAAUCAGCGCUGCAGCCGGAGCCGGAACGCAGUAGGCCACACAGGAAGGCAGCAGGCCACACGACGCGAACGAGUGACAGAGACAUCCACACAAACAGUGCCCCCCUCCCACCCCCCGUGCGCGCGCGCUCCCCUGCUCUUGCCACCCUACGCCUCCGCCGCUCCACCUCCUCGCUGGGAUAGACGUGCGCGAACCGAGCAGCGCGCCCGCGACACGAGCGGAGUGGAGCGAGGUGCGAGAGCGAGAUAGACACAGCGCGACGGCGACCGGAGCCACCACACAGCGCGCAGUGUCGUAUCUUCUUCAGUUACCCACCAUCUUGGAUUUUGGGCUUGCCAGUGUUUAGAAGGGGCCGACCGAGCUCUGGGUGCUGCUGCAGCGGGCCGAGCGCGUGACACCUUCCUCGAACCAAAAAAAAAGCAAAACAAAAACAAAAAAAAAACAACAAAAGCAAAGAAAAACACACCCGACCCUUCCCCCUUCCCUGCACGGUUCUGAUCCCCCCCCCCCUCUUCCCUGCUCCUUCCUGCUCACCUGGCUGCCGACACCGUUGCACGUUCAUAAUAUGGCUGUGUUUCUAAUUAAUAUAUGCAAGUUCAACGGUUGUGAGCGGAUUUUUCCCAGCUUGCGCGAUUUAAUACACCACAUCGAGAACACCCAUAUAGAUGACUCACAGGCGCCGGAUGUGACGGAAAAGACGCAGCCCACCUGUCUGCCGCUCAGCUACGUGCUGCGCUUCGUCACCGACGAGAGCCGCCGGGAUGGCGGCGGUGUGGCGUCGCCGAUGGCCGCUGCCGCUGCCGCCAACGCGACCAACAGCCCGGACAAGGCGAAACCGGCCGCCGUUGCCGGGGGCAAUGGGCUGCGGCUGUCCGGCUCGGGCCAACAGCCGCCGCCACCACCGUCCUCGAUCAACCAAAGUGCGGCGUCGGACCAUCACGGCACCGCCGGCACAAACGCCGGCGCCGCCGCCACCCUGCACGGCAUCGCGGCCACAAACCAUCCCGGUGCCGCUGGCACGAAUGGCACGGGCGGCAGCAGUGCACCGGCCAAUGGUGGUGGCGGUGCCACGCCGAACGGUAUCGCCGACCAGCAGCAGCAGAACGGGCUCGGUGGCGCCGUAGCAGCCGGGGCCGGCGGGCUGGAGCCGGGCAAGCCGGCCCACCUCAACCAGCAAACGGUGGGCACAACCGAUCUCAAGCGCAAGAUUGCCAUCAAACAUCACAGCUACAGCAUAUCGGCGGCGAACCGCAGCAUAACGCCAACAGGUCAGUACAUCGGGCAGCAGGCAAGCGGUUACGUAACUGGCUCCGCCACUGCACCAAGGGCUUUCGACGGGGGGGUCGGGCUUAGGUGUUAGAAUGUGCUUAAAGGUAGGAUUAUCGUUUAGAAAAGCUUAUCUUUUGGUGGGGGGAAGGAUGUAGCAUUAGCAUUAAUAACGUAACGUACCCUCCACCCACCUUGCUGUCACAUGGCGACAGUUGUGGCAAGUGCUUAAAAAAUUAAUGCCUUUUUAACGCAGCCGAAUGGGUCCGGUGCCGGUGCCAAGGGCUUGUGUCAGCGUCUCCGAUUACCGUGUGUGGGUUGUAUUUCAUUUUAAUGUCGCGAAAAAAAGCGCGAAAUUGCCCCACACGAGUUAUGCACAAAGCAAACCAACCAAAACAUGGCGAAUGGAUAAGAUUUGUUUUGUUGUCGAUUUUGGGCCCUAGUAAGCGGUUCUGUCUGCGGAUGUGUUUAUAUUAUAGAAUACAUAAACAUGACUAAGCUUUGCUCAUGGGGCUAUCCAGCAGGUGGGGACUCGUUUUCAUAGUUUCGUAUAGUAUUGGGUUUCAUGAAUCUUUCGUACAGAUUCAUUAUGAUGAAUCUUCAGCGAUGGGUGAACCGAAUAUGGAAUCGAAUUUCUAAAGAUUUAUUAACCUCUAAAGAUGUUUUGAAUCUCUAAAGAUUUAUGGACCUCUAAAGAUUCUUGAAUUAUCAAGGAUUCAUGAAUCGCCAAAGAUCCACAACUCUCCAAGGUUUCGCGAAUCUCGAUAGAUUUAUGAAUUUAUAACAUUCAUGAAUUAAUUAAGAUUCAUAGAUCUCCAGGGAUUCGUGAAUCUUUAUACAUGUAUGAUUUUCAAAGUAUUGAAUUUACGCGAUCCCAUGGUAAAAUGGUUAACAUGGACGACAUGACAACAUGCCCGCCGUGGGUUCAAGCCUCUCAGGAGGCCGUGGGUUCUACUUGCCAGGAAGUCGCGAAAGCCUGUAUAGGCUGUGGCAUGAUCACGUAUGUUGUUACGGUUACAAGAAUAUUAAUAAUAAGCGCGGUGGCAACGCUCAUCCGAUGCGAUUUUAUCGGACGCUUCUGUCAAACACUUAUUCGGCUCAUAUUGCGAAAAUUCGAAUGAUUUGAAUUGU